AUGAGGCUGUCUGUACUCAAACUUUGUCCAAAAAUUAUUCAGCCAUCCGCCAAAAUUAACAGGAGAAAUUUUCUACGAAUAUGUGGUACUAUUGUGAUCGCUGAAAUAAUACUUGCUGUGUACGUUGAAGAGUUUGCUCUACCAACUCCAGAUAUAGUGUAUGAUUUUCAUGUGAAAUUUUCUCGAGAAUUUGCUGAUUUUGCUCUGGGCAACAAAUAUGGCGCUGGAACUUUUCGUCGUGUUGGUGACAAGCAAAGAAACAAAAUUAAUAAAGAUUGA